AUGGAAUCUCCAAAGCCAGCCACCGAUACGAUCGUUGAGCAGCAGAACCAGAUCCGAGACAGUCUUCCCUUCUCCGAUACAUCGGAUUUCGACAGAGCGCAAUAUGGACUUUUGGGCCGUCGUGAACCCAACGCCGUCACUAACGCAGAUGGUGUGACCAUCUGGGACAACGACAAAUACAACUUCCUCAAAGAACAGGAGGAUGCUCCGCCUACAGUCAACCCGAGUCUCUGGCGUCAAUCGAACCUCGCCAGCAUUGAUGGGCUCUUCGAAGUCGUCGAGGGCAUCUAUCAGGUCCGCGGCCUCGAUCUCUCCAAUACGACUAUCAUCGAAGGACACGAAGGCCUCAUUGUCAUCGACCUCCUGACCUCGUCUGAGACAGGCGAAGCUGCGUAUCAGCUGUACAAGCAGUACCGUGGCGACAAACCUGUAAAGGCGAUUAUAUACACACACUCGCAUGUCGACCAUUUCGGUGGCGUCAAAGGUUUCGUGUCCCAGGCAGAAGUCGACUCGGGAGCCGUGCGCAUCUUCGCACCUGAAGGGUUCCUCGAACACGCGGUCUCCGAGAACGUGUAUGCGGGCACCGCAAUGGCUCGUAGGGCCGCAUACAUGUACGGUGCUGCGCUUGAUCGCAACCCGCAAGGUCAGAUUGGCGCGGGGUUGGGCCAGACAGUCUCGACAGGCACAAUCACGCUGAUCAAGCCCACGGACUAUAUCAGUGAGACUGGACAUACAGAAACAGUCGAUGGAGUCAAGAUGGUGUUUCAGAUGGCGCCAGGCACCGAGGCGCCGGCUGAGAUGCUCAUCUACUUCCCGGGCUUCAAAGCCCUUUGCGCUGCGGAAGACGCCACGCACACGUUCCAUAACAUACUGACUUUGCGUGGUGCCGUUGUCAGAGACCCACAUGUAUGGGCUCGCGCACUUACAGACGCAAUUGACAUGUUUGGGGGAAGGGCCAAGGUCGUGUUCGCUUCUCAUCACUGGCCUACUUGGGGGUACGACGAGGUCGUCAACUUCCUCACUCUCCAGCGUGACCUGUAUGCAUACGUCCACGACCAGACCCUGCGUCUCAUCAACCAAGGUCUCAACGGCCCGGAGAUCGCCGAACAGAUGAGCCUCCCGCCUGCCCUCGACCAGGCGUGGAAUGCACGUGGCUACUAUGGCUCCAUCAGCCACAACGUCAAGGCCAUCUACCAGCGCUAUAUGGGCUGGUUUGACGGCAACCCAGCUCACCUCUGGGAACACAUCCCCGUCGAGCGAGCGAAGCGCUACGUUGACCUAGCAGGCGGCAUGUUGAAGCUCAUAGAGGCCGGCCGAUCGGCCUUCAAGGCGGGCGACUUCCGCUGGGCAGCCGAAGUCCUGAACCACGCCGUGUUCGCCUCGCCGUCCAACAGCGUGGCGCGCGGGCUCCUCGCAGACGUCUACGAGCAGCUGGGCUACGGCGCGGAGAACGGGCCCUGGCGCAACUUCUUCAUCUCUGGGACCACCGAGCUGCGCGGCCCGAACUUCGGCACCCCAACGCAGACCGCGUCCGCAGAUAUCAUCGCCCAGCUCACGCCCGAGAUGCUGUUCGAUUCAUUCGCGAUCCAGAUCAACGGGCCCAAGGCGUGGGAACAGCAGCUUUCCAUCAAGGUCGUGCUCACGGACGGCCCGCGCUAUCGCUUGUGGUUAUCUAACGCCGCGCUGGUGUAUACGCAGGUGGGUGAGGGGGCGGAUGCGGACGUGACGCUGACCACGACGACGGGUAAUUUACCAGCAAUUGUGAAGGGAUUCGAUCCGCAGGCGCUGGCGGAAGCGGGGAUUGAUGUUGAAGGUGACGCGACUGCUCUAGACCGUCUUGCUGCUUUGCUCGAGCCAGGCAAUAAGGCUUUCAACAUCAUUGAGCCGUGAGUGGCAAACCGAUGGUAACCUUCCCUCUCGAAAUACUUGUGUGCUUCCAGCAGUGAGCCUCAUACUAUGGACAUCGGCGUGAAGUGGUG